AUGGAGGUGGCUGAGAGCAGAGAGCCGACAUCGGUUGGUCCAUCAGCCAGGACUGGGACCAAUGAUGCCAAUGGCGCGCAAAACCCUUUUCUUGACGAUUCGCUUAUAGAUGACGGUCGUUCAAGUAGUUUGAGUGAACCUGAUGAUGUCUCGGAUCAUGAGCUGUCCCCUUACGGAUCGCCCAAGCUUAGACCGGUACCCGAGAACGACUCAGAAGCGGAAACGGAACGUGUCGAAGAUUCGCCUUAUAAAAAGGGAAAUAACAUCGUUUUGAGUGCCAGUCACGGGCCUAGUCCCAGCAAACUGGCUCACUCCACAACUUAUGACGAUGCCGAGGAGGAUGAUGAGCCCGUCGCGGACGACUCCCCGAGCAAGUCGCGCACCAAGAAGAAUGGUAUCGCUGCAGCUCUUGACGAAACGCCCAUUUUGGACGACUCAGAAAGUGGCAAGAAGCGCAAGCGGUUAGGUUCGCUUGACGAGACUGGGACGGACUUUGGCGAAGAUGAACCGCUCAAGAAGCGUCGCGGUUCCAUUAAGAGUGACCUGAGUGACCCACCUCCGGACGACCUGAUUCUAUCACCUGUACCAAUCGAAGAGCCCCCCAAAAGCAAUGAAGACCAAACUCCGGCCGACGACAUUCCUGAAUCCGAUCUGCCAUCGAUUCCCUCAAAAGCUAAAAAGGGUAAAAAGGGAAAACGUAAAGGGCGGAAAGUCAGAGAUGCUGAUGAAGAGACUGAAGUUGGUGGUAUCGAAGGCGAUGACCACUUGGAUGAUGAUGACACUGCCGAACGUGCGGACGAACCAGAUGAUGCUGAAACCACUGCUAAGCAGGAAGAAGAGUCCUCGAAGAAGAUGUCGGCGAUGGAGUCGCUUGCGACACUGGAAAAGGAGUUCGCGACUCUACGUGACAAAAUCUACGACGAGCGGAUAUCUAAGCUCAAUCGUGAGCUGGAGAUGCUUACCGGACCGAAUCCCACGCAUCCAGAAUACCUGCGCCAGCUCGAAUGUGUUCAGCGCCAUCGCGACGCCAAAAUCCAUUACGAGCAAACAUUAUACCGAUAUCGCAUGUCAGCUUUGAUGAACAAAAGCUUGGCUGAGCGGGCGCAGAUCCAUAGCACUUUCUUCCAGCGAGUUCGCGACACCCGCGAGAAGCACGCAAGUUCAAUCAGCAAACAGUUCUACGCCAUCCAACACGACCGCUUCAAGACUGAGGAGAUCAGCCCACAUCAUUCUAUUCCCUUCCCCACACGCCGCUCGCAGCAAAUUGCCCACCAGGCUGCCUAUAACCAAGAAGUAUCUGUUAUGGCUGGAGUGGCCAAGUAUGUCGGUUUUCCGGCCGCACCGUCGUUAGCAGCAGCGCGACCCUCGGAGAUCGACGAAGAUAUGGAAAAGAUGGGGAUCGCCACGGAAACCCGAUCCGCGGUGUCACAACCGCAGACGAACUUCCCACGCAUGACAGCCAUGUCGUCAAAUGCCUUUCGUACAGCAGCAGAGGAGGCUUUCCUGGAACACACGCCAUGGGCCAAUCCGCAACAUCCUGUUCAUCAACAACAGAUGCAGCAAAGGCCCCAGAAUCGGGUCUUUGAACAACCACGGGCUCCACCGUUGACCACCCCAGCGGCCCAGAAGCGGGUGGUCGAUAUUCAUGCUCCCAACGGUUCGGCUUCUACAAUUGCAGAAAAUUCGUCCGCCAACAACACGCCGUAUGGUACGGAACAAGAACCACAAUCCCACGGUUAUAAUCCGUUUGGGAAUCACGACUAUGAUGCGGAUCGACAUUCAGGUUUCCGGUCGCCAAGUGCCUCACCGCUGGAUGUGCGGAAGCCUCACCUUCAUUGGAACAAUGCCUUUGAUAGCAGACCGUCACAAGAAUUCCGGUCUGAUCCUGCAUCCCGUAAUAUGGCCUUCUCCCCGCCAUCUGGCCGACUUGGACUUUUCCAUUCUGCGGCUACAAAACGAGAGCCGUCACCGCCUAUGCAUUCAAACCCUAUUCACCAACCCAGAGGGAUCCCUAGCGGUUCUAGCUCAAAUCAGAUGACAGCCCGGUAG